CGAUGCGGGCCCCACAGCAAGUGUGUGAACGUUCCUGGUUAUUACGUUUGCGUUGACAAAAAGAAAACUAAAUUGAUCCUUAUUAUAGGUCUUGGUGCUGGUCUUGGACUGUUACUUUUGCUUAUCGGCGCAUGGUUGGGAUACAGAUUCCUAAAGAAACGCCAUAUCAUGAAACGCAAGGAGAUGUUCUUCAAGCGAAAUGGUGGAUUAUUAUUAGAGAAACAAUUGUCGUCAGGUGAAGUUAAUGUUGAGAAAAUCAAGCUAUUCAAAUCAAAGGAGUUGGAGAAGUCCACUGACAAUUUCAAUACUGAUAGAAUUCUUGGCCAGGGAGGCCAAGGUACUGUUUACAAAGGCAUGCUGACUGAUGGAAGAAUUGUUGCUGUGAAAAAAUCUAAAAUAGUGGACGAAAGCCAACUUUCAGAUUUCAUCAAUGAGGUUGUCAUUCUUUCACAAAUCAACCACAGAAAUGUCGUUCAACUAUUGGGUUGUUGUUUGGAGACGGAGGUUCCCAUUUUGGUUUAUGAAUUUAUACCUAACGGAAACCUUUCCCAGUAUAUCCAUGAGCAGAAUGAGGAGUUCCCACUUACAUGGGAAGUUCGCUUACGAAUUGCCUUGGAAGUUGCAGGAGCUCUUUCCUACUUACAUGCUUCAGCUGCCUUUCCCAUUUAUCACAGAGACAUCAAGUCUACCAACAUACUCUUGGACGCAAAAUACAGAGCAAAAGUUGCUGACUUCGGAACUUCAAGAUCAGUUGCCAUUGACCAAACUCACCUCACCACACUUGUACACGGCACAUUUGGUUACUUGGACCCCGAAUACUUUCAAUCAAGCCAAUUUAAGGAGAAAAGUGACGUGUAUAGCUUUGGAGUUGUCCUUGUUGAGCUCUUGACAGGGCAAAAACCAAUUUCUUUUAGAAGGUCACAAGAAGAAGGCAAAAGUCUUGCCACAUACUUCAUUACUUCGAUGCAGUUAGAUCGCCUGUUCGAAAUUCUUGAUGCUGAAGUUGUAAAAGGAGGGUCUAAAGCAGAUAUCAUAUUAGUUGCUAACCUUGCAAGAAGAUGUUUGAAUUUGAGUGGAAGAAAGCGCCCUACAAUGAGAGAGGUCACGGCAGAGCUGGAGAGGAUUCAAAUGUCAGAAAAAACUUCUAAUGGUGGAGAAAACUAUGAAGAGGUUGAAUAUGUUAGGACUGACUCAAUUGAGCCUUGGGAUGUUGCUUCAAGUUCAACGGGAACGGGGCCAGGUUUGGAUGGUGGUCCUUCUUCAUCAUUACAUGAAAUUCCGCUACUACCUUACAAGUCAUGGUGAACAUUAAUUGUAAUAUUGUAAUGCAUGUUCCAUAUAUGUUAGGUGUUGCUCCUUUUCUGAACUUUUCCGGUCAGAAUGUGAGUGCAGUUUCAACUUCCAAUCCAGAAGGUCAUAGAUGAGGUCUGCUUGAUUAGCUACACUGCCUGAUGGCUAUUUCAACACAAAUCACAAAUCACUGGAUAUAUAAAUUCAUUUUGACUAGAGCAA